AUGUCAAAGAGAGAACACCCCAGGUCGAGUGGUGCGGUGGCCGUCGACGAUUUACGAGUGAAACGUCGCCGAGAUACAGUUGGCUCAUCCUCCGACAUGGAUAUUACAAUGUCCGACCCAGUUACGGUGGAUGUCGAUGUUACAGGUGGAACGGUGGUUGGAGAUCCAGAAGUGGUCAAAGAGCAGGGGUUGACGUUGUGGCAAACCGUGAAAGAUGCAGUCAACAAGGAGGGCCGAGCGCUCUCCUUGGACUUUUUACGCAAACCCUCCAAACGCCUAUAUGCUGACUACUACGUGAUAAUAAAACAACCUAUUGCUCUGGAUGACAUCAAAAAGAAGAUUGAUAAUGGCGGUUAUGCAUCCCUUGAAGAGGUCAGACAAGACUUUGAGCUCUGCUUCAGCAACGCAAAACAAUACAAUAUGAAAGAUAGUCCCAUAUGGAAGGACGCAAAGGAGUUGCUGAAACUGACCAACAAAACAUACAAUAAGCUAGCCCCAAGCAACGAGGACGGAGGGGAUGGAGAGGAUGAGAAGGGUAAAUCAAAGGCGCCAAACCUGAAUCGCUUGAUCAAGUCCAGGCUUCAGAAGCUAGUGGACAAGACUGACCCAUCGGGCCGUACCAUGUCUACAGUCUUUAUGGAAUUACCUUCCAAAAAGGAAUGGGCAAUCUAUUAUAAGGAGAUUAAGAAACCACAAUGCUUAGAGAACAUCUUUAAACGCAUCAAACGAAAGGAAUACGCCUCUGCCGCGGAUUUCGCAGCAGAUGUAGAACUGGUCUUCUCCAAUGCAAUGACUUUCAACCAGGAGCACACACCCAUCUGGGAAGAUGCACUUGCUCUCAAAAAAUACUUUCACCAACUCAUGGCAGAUCUACCACCUCCUUUCUCGAUUCCAGAGUACACAAAACCAUCAAACAAGAUAAAGAUAAAGCCACAGGCAACUCAGUUGGUGGCCUCGACUUCAACGCCUUCUAUCGCCAAGACCGAACCCGCAACGUCAUCACUCCUUCUCCGUGUCCCUGCGAAUACGGCUACGAAAGCACCAUCACAACCUCCCGCUCCUUCCCCGACCCUCAAUUUUGCCGCUCUUCCAGCUUCAAAUGCGAUCACACCCGCAUCGUCAGUUGCAACCGUCCAACCACCAAAGGCUCCAACGAAAUCUGCUACACCACAGCCUAUCGUGCCUGGGACAUCAUUCAUAAAUUCAACGGCAUCCCACUAUCCACAUGCGGCGUAUAAACCCCCAAUUUCUACCUCGAGCACGCCUAUUCCAACUUUGUCAACUCCCAUCCUACGUCCGAACUCGAUUUUAAAUGCACAUUCGACAUCGAACUCCCCUGCUCCUAUACCUUUGCAUCCUUCACAUCAACUGAAGUCUGUAUCGCUUCGGAUACAGCCUCGUGGAAGGUUGUUCAACCUCAAUCAUCAAGACGGAGUCAAGAGCUGGGCCGUCCGACUGGUUCCAGGGGAAACUGGCGUGGUUGUGGCAGAUGUCUCUUUCCUUGGUGAUCCAGAGGAGGAGAGCAGUGGUGAUGAGGAUGGAGAUCACGAUGAAAAUGAAGAUGAGAUGGAGGUUGAUGUUCCUGUUAAGAAUGGUCGAAAAAAGGGCAAGGGUAAAGGAAAAGCUAGAGUGACGAGGAGUUCCAAGGCAUCUCCUUCAAAAGUCAAAGCGGUGAAGAAGAAGGUGGAGAAGGUGGGGGAGGUGCAGCUCAAGGUGAACGGGCUGGUUGUGAAGGAGCAGCCUGAGCAGCCGGGUGAAUGGAAUGUGCAUCUUCCACUAGGUUCGAAUACUUUGGAGGUUGGAGAAGUUGGUGGUCUCAUCUGGAAAGUGUAUGUUGAGCGGCUUGGAGGUAUUUAA